AGAAACCAGUUACUGGUUCCGGUUUCAUAAAAAAGUUGCCCCAAAAAUGAAGAUAUUUACGGGCCAUUUGGUCUGUGUUGUUUAGUCUUUUCGGACCCGCUAUUGUUGUAAGUUAUCUAUCAACCAUAUUAUGUAAUGAGCUAUUGAGUUAAAAAUUGGAACACGUCAGACGAGAAGUUGGCCUAUCCCAGCUUGGUUUUACCAGGGUCAACAAACUCUCGUAGCCUAAUUCGAGAUAAGCGUUGCGCAAAAUUACCGACCGCGCUAGAAUUUCGUAAUCGGACACUCUACAUAGUUCCAACAUUUGCUCUACUUUGUUUUUAAUUUUCAUUUUAGGAAAUUUUACGUCUUUAUUGAAGACAACCUUUAUAUAAUAAAUCUGAGUGAUUUGGCCUGUUCUAUGCAGCACUUCAAAAUGGCUGUCUAAAAUUCGGAUGGGUUCAAUGAGCUUAGAUAGCUUGAAACAGCAGUUCGUUACGUUGGUGAAUGAUGCCUCUAAUUUAGAUGGUUUGAGAGACUUUAUGCUAUGGGUAGACGUCAAAGUCGCAGAAUAUAAGACGUCUGGGAAAGUGACAAACGACUGCAACGAAAACGAAGAGCGAUGGAUGAAACGCUCCACUCAAAAUACUGUGAAGGAGGAGAGUGAUGAUGAAUGUAUUGACGAGGCAAACCCUUUUAGCGGGGAAUCGAAAAAUUCGGAUGAUCAAAGUGACGAUAUGGCAAAUAGGCAACAAUCUAGGAGUAGAAGAAAGACGUCUGUACCACAAAGAACGCAAUUGCCUACUAGUGGCUGUUCUGAUGAAGGAACAGUUAAAAAUGAAAUGAAAGAUUCUAGGCACUCUUCCGAGUACAGAUCUGUUCAGCCCAUUGGAAUAGAUCCAGGGUCUGACACACUUAGAAAAUCCGAAAUGGAUACAGCUCUUUCACUAGCUGCAUUGAGCGCUCAAGAUCCGGAUGAACCGAUUGACAUGAGCGUUCCCAGAAAUAAAACCUCGUCCAAUAUGAAACCAGCAUCUGAAAGUCAUAGCAGUAGUACUUUCGUUUUAGAUACUGGCAGGUACGAAAUUGUACCGACAGAAAGCGAGAACGGUACUGCAGCUAACUCUGGUUCGGGCGCAACGUCUUUCAUUAAAGUCGUUAAACAAAGCAAAUAUUUAAAUUUACGUAAAGAAUCACGAAUUAUCAAUGGUGAGGUCUGCUUUGUUUGCCCACACUGCAGCAAAUUAUUCGCCAGAAGUAGCAACUUUUCUAGGCAUAUGCGCAUCCAUAGAGGUGUCUACAGCUACAUCUGUUCAAAUUGUUCUCGCGGCUUUUUUCGCAAGGAACAUUUCGAAAAGCAUAAAUGUUAUCGGCGCCCUAUGGGCCAUACUUGGGAUAGAACUACCAAAGCCGAGAGCAACCUUAUGCAAAAAGUAGCGACGAAGUCGCCAACGGACGGCGAUGCUAAUAAUAAUUGA